UGUGUCUGUAAUACAGGAUUUACUGGGCAGAAUUGUGAAAUUGAUAUUGAUGAAUGCUUAUCGAAACCCUGUAAACACGGCUCUGAAUGCAUCGAUUUGAUUGACGGUUUCACGUGUAAAUGUAAAUCGGGAUAUGAAGGCAUCACAUGUGAGGCUGAUAUCAAUGAGUGUGAAUCAGAUCCCUGUUUACAUGAGUCAACGUGUGUUAAUCUAGAGGAUGCAUUUACAUGUGUGUGUGCUGCUGGGUACAAUGGUAAGCAUUGUGAAAUUGAUUUGAAUGAAUGUCUUAGUAGCCCGUGUAAGCAUGGAAGUUGCGUUGACCUUGUUAACAGUUAUAGAUGCGUGUGUGAUAAAGGCUUUGAGGGAUUAAAAUGUUCCAUAAACAUUGAUGAGUGUUUUUCAAAUCCUUGUCAGAACUUUGGGGAAUGCAUUGAUCAGAUAGAUGGCUUUAAGUGUUUAUGCUCUAGGGGUUGGCUUGGGACAUUUUGUAACAUCAAAGUGAAUUAUUGUGAUCCAAAGCCCUGUAUCCAUGGACAAUGCAUAGACCUUGAUCAGCAGUACACUUGCGAGUGUAACCAUGGUUACGAAGGUAACUUAUUGAAUGCGAAUUAAUUUUACGUUUCUAAAAGCACAGUCACAAAGGACAC